AGAAUGAAUGAACUGUGCAACUCGUCAAGGAAAGCUGGUGGGCAGCAGGUGGCGUAGUGGCUAAGGCGCUGCACUCCCACGUGGCUGACAGUGAUGCAAGUCCUGGACCUGCUGCUUUGCUUUUUCACUUUCUCUGCCUCUCUAGUCACUGGAGUUCUGGACGACUGCUUGUGUGACAUUGACAGCAUCGAUAAGUUCAACACCUACAAAAUUUUCCCCAAGAUAAAAAAAUUGCAAGAGCGAGACUAUUUCCGUUAUUACAAGCAGCCUCAAUCUUCGAGUUGCAGCCAGGAGUAUUCAGAAGAAGAGUGUCCCGGCGCACAGGACAGUCGAGCAGGUUUCCUGAGGGAAGGAGUGAGAGAUGGGACAAACGGCGCAGUGUUACAACUCUUCAGGAUCGUCCAUUUAUUGUGGGCAGCACAGAGACGACGCAGUGUUACAGCUCUUCAAGGUCAUCUGGGAGAUGAUGCAGUGUUACAACGCUUCAAGGUUAAUCUGAAGCGACCAUGUCCUUUCUGGGCUGAAGAUGGCCACUGUUCAAUAAAAGACUGUCACGUGGAACCCUGUCCUGAGAGUAAAAUCCCGGUUGGAAUCAAAGCUGGGCCUUCUAACAAGUACUCCAGAGUGGCGAACAGCACCCGCGAGCUCCAAGACUGCGAGCAGGCGAGCAAGCUGGGAGCGGUCAACAGCACGCUGAGCCAUCAAAGUAGAGAAGCUUUCAUCGACUGGGCCAGAUACGACGACUCACAGGACCACUUCUGUGAACUGGAUGACGAGAGGUCUCCAGCUGCUCAGUAUGUGGACCUGCUGCUGAAACGUGCCCGGCUGCUGACCCCCGAGCGCUACACGGGCUACAAGGGCACGUCCGCGUGGCGGGUGUGGAACAGCAUCUACGAAGAGAACUGUUUCAAGCCUCGAUCUGUCUAUCGCCCUUUGAAUCCCCUGGCACCCAGCCGAGGUGAAGAUGAUGGAGAAUCGUUCUAUACAUGGCUUGAAGGUUUGUGUCUGGAGAAGAGAGUCUUCUACAAGCUUAUGUCGGGACUGCAUGCUAGUAUCAAUCUACACCUGUGUGCAAAUUACCUUCUGGAAGAAACCUGGGGCAAACCUAGUUGGGGACCUAAUGUCAAAGAAUUUCGACGCCGAUUCGACCCUGUGGAAACCAAGGGGGAAGGCCCAAGGAGGCUGAAGAACCUGUACUUUUUAUACUUGAUUGAGCUCCGCGCUUUGUCAAAGGUGGCCCCGUAUUUUGAGCGCUCAAUUGUUGAUCUUUACACAGGAAAUGUAGAAGAAGAUGCUGACACAAAAAGCCUCUUACUGGAUAUCUUCCGAGAUACAAAGUCCUUCCCCAUGCACUUCGACGAGAAGUCCAUGUUUGCAGGUGACAAAAAGGGGGCCAAAUCAUUAAAGGAGGAGUUCCGUUUGCAUUUCAAGAAUAUCUCCCGUAUAAUGGACUGUGUUGGAUGUGACAAAUGCAGAUUGUGGGGGAAAUUGCAGACUCAGGGUUUAGGAACUGCCCUGAAGAUUCUGUUCUCUGAAAAGGAAAUCCAGAAGCUCCCUGAGAACAGCCCUUCUAAAGGCUUCCAGCUCACGCGGCAGGAGAUAGUUGCCCUCUUAAAUGCUUUUGGAAGGCUGUCUACCAGUAUAAGAGAGCUACAGAACUUUAAAGUCUUACUACAACACAGUAGGUGCCACUGUACAUAACAAGGGACAGCCAUGCUGAUCUUCACCUGCAGCAUUGCCUUCAGCUGGACAUUUGGGAACAGCUCACAGUAGACUUCUCAGCAGCUCGAAACUGAAGCACCUGCAGAGCCAUAGCUAGUCACCAAAAUACACAGGUGCAUGGUACCGUGGAAGGUAUCCGGUAAAAACACACAAGUCUCUCUGUGCUUUUAUUUUAAGUAACAUCAAUAAGUGCAGCUUCAAUUUUGAACAGAAUUCCAGAUAAUUUGCCGUUGUACCCACCAGACUCUAGAAAAUGUGAAUUAAAGUACGUUUCUGCAGUCUUUCUGUCUCUUA